AUGGAAUAAUCACACAACAUUUCAGAUGAUAGUCUGAACACUCACAGUAUGAACUCUUAGAAAUUAUUAGCAAAUGUUAUAAAAUUUAGAAUCAAUGGAAAAUAGUUAACAAGAAUAUAUUUCACAAUUGAAUUAAUUGACUAAGUAUUUAAGAGAGAUUGUGUUAUAAAACAAUGA